GUACUCCUGGGAAAGAAUGAUGUGGAAUAAAAGGGUGGAAAUAUCAGAUAGGGAUGGUGGAUCUGUCCACAGCAGGGAGCCUGGUUUCCAUGCAAUGGUGGACGUUGGUGCAUGAGUUCAUCUUCACUGAGUGGGCUCUGACUUCUAAUGUACAGAGACUCAACAGGUGCAGAGGGGCAAAAGGAGACAGCUCACCUCUUAAGUGUCUUUUCCUCCAGGGUUCUUGUUGUUGCAGAAGACAUGGGCACAAGUGGGGAAGGACUCACAGCUUGGAACAGCUGUCACUCUCAAGGACAGAUGAGGAUGCAAGCUCCCCCAAAAUAUCCAUGAUGUUGGAACAUGCACAGGUCACCUGUUAUUGUACCAGAAGGGGGGUUUCUAACAAGCCCACCCUGUCUGCUUGGCCCAGUUCUCUCAUUUCCAUUGGAGAGCGUGUGACUCUGAAGUGUCAGUCCCAACUUGGGUUUGAAGUGUUCCGUUUAUUCAAAGAAAAUGAAGUCCACAUCCUGGAAUUCCAAAACAUCAUAUUCCAACACAGCUUUGACAUAAACCCCAUGACAAGGGCACAUGCGGGGACCUAUAGAUGUCAGGGCUUUGAACCUAACCUCCCUCAUAAAUUUUCAGAAAUCAGUGAGCCCUUGUUAAUCAUAGUUACAGGACUCUACAGAAAGCCUUCCCUCUUGGCCCUACCAGCUCCUCCAAUAAAAUCAGGAGCAAUGAUGACAUUAAAAUGCUGUUCAGAAGCCAUGUUUGAGACCUUCAUUCUGGUUGUGAACAGAAAGGAUGUAAAUGAAAUCCGCAUGUAUCUUGUUGGAAAGCCUUAUGCUGGAGGAUCUCAAGCCAACAUCUCUCUAACUCCUGUGACUUCAGCACAUGCUGGGACCUACAGGUGUUACAGUUCUUCUAGUCAACAUUCCUAUGUGUGGUCAGACCCAAGUGACCCACUGGACAUGGUUGUCACAGUUCCUGAUGCCAGCAACUCUUCAUAUCAUUUUAACCUUACACAAGAUAAAGAACCAGGGAUACCCAUCUCAGAGGAUAGGGACACAGGAAGGUCACUUCCAAAGCCUGUUAUCAGGGCUGAGCCAGGAUCUGUGGUUGCCAAUGGAUCUCAAGUGACCAUUAUAUGUGAAGGAACCCCAGGUGCUCAGAAUUACUAUCUUUAUCAAAUUAGAAACCAAAGUUCUUUGCAGAGAUUAACCCUGAUGAAGCCUGGAAACAUAGCCAAGUUCCUCAUCCCCAUUAUUCAAUGGUCCCAUGCCGGGCGAUAUCUCUGUUUCUAUCACGAGCCUCCUAGAAUGUCAAAGAAGAGUAAUGCUCUGGAGUUGGUGGUGACAGGGUACUUACUCCCCAAACCCAUGCUAUCAGCCAUGACAAGCCUUGUGGUUACUUCAGGAGAGAAUAUGACCUUCCAGUGUGCCUCACGGGAGAGAUACAAUGGUUUUGUUCUAACCAAGGAAGAUGAGAAGUUCUCCAGGCUUCAGGACUCACAGUAUAUAGACUCUACCAAACAAUUCCAGGCUCUUUUCCACAUAGGUCCUGUGACAGUCAGUCAUACAGGAACGUUUAGAUGUUAUGGCUACAAAAAUAGUACCUAUAUGUGGUCUAAUCCCAGUGACUCCUUGGAAAUACACAUCGCAGGACAGCUUCCUGGCACACCUACCCUGUCAGUGUACCCAGGCACCAGAAUGUCCUCUGGAGAGGAUGUGACCCUGCUGUGUCAAUCAUUGCAUCAAAGGGAUAGUUUCCUUCUGUCUAAAGAGGGGACUGCCCACUCACUUCUGUAUUUAAGAUCAGUGCUGCAAGAUAAGCUAUACCAGGCAAAAUUCUUCAUGAGGAAUGUGACCUUUGACCAUGGGGGCACCUACAAGUGCUAUAGUUCCAAAGACUUAUACCCCUACAUGCUGUCAUACCCCAGUAAGCCUGUGGAGCUUGUGGUUUCAGGAUCCCCUGGAGACCCCAACUCCUUCUCCGAAGAGCCCAUUCCAACAUCUUCUGAAUGUCCCUGGCCUCUCUCUUGGGAGCUUGCUCCAUCCCCAGGUUGCCUCCCAACUGACAGCACAUCUAUAUCUGCUGCUGCCAUCCACGAGGAAAACCUGUAUGAGAGAAAGAAGAUCCUGAGUAGAGAAAUGCCCAAGGUCUCAGUUCACAGGGCAACUGGAGAGGCGUUGCUUGAGAAUGAUGUGGAGCUGGACAGUUGGACUUCUAAAAGAGCAAUACCUGCAGCCAGUGGACGCAGCAGUGGCAAAGAACUGGAGCAGGAAGACAGUGAUGGGAGGCAUGACAGCAAGGGUAAGAAUGCCAGGAUUAAAGCAGUAGGGGAUCCCAAGAUUCAAGAAGAAAAACAGGAAACAGCCUGUAAGGUGCUGAGAGUCUUGACUGGGAAACUCAUGCCACAAGUUGGGAAGUCCGAGUUCCUCUGUGUCCGGUGGGAAUCUACCAGAGAGUGUGCACACCUGGUCCAUCCCAGUUUUCUUCCUGGGCUCCCUACAGGCAGCCAAGCCUUAACUAGGCUCCCCUUCUUAAAGUAUCCUGUAGAGUCCCUUCCCACACCAAAGAAACUAGAACCUGGGCUGAAGUCUCUAUCUGGGCACCAGAUCAACUGCUCAAUGUUCAAUGAGUUAUGGGGCCCUGAUAUCAGUUUGGAGAGAGCAACUCUUAGUCUUUGCAAUAGACUGGGUGUUAGGGGAUUUCCAUGGGACCACAUUGGCCAACAGCUCAACUAG